AUGGAAUCAAAUGGAACGCGCAAAGGGCCGCUGCCUGGAGGUCGCCAGGGCGCGUCUGGAGCUGGCGCUGGACGCGACAGCAUGCGAACCGCCAGCCGAGCGCGAGGUGCUGCACGACCACCCAGCAGCUCCUCGCAUCCAUCAUCCCCACCAGCUGGCUUGGUGUCGGCAGGGUCUUCGCGGGCUCAGCAAUCGGCACCCGCCACUGGUGGAGUACGCCGCAUGCGUUGGACAACCCAGAUGAACAGCAACGCAUUGCGGGCGUAUUUUAGGGCGAAAGGGGGAGAAACUGGAGGUUUUGCGUAUCGGGCAAGGAUGCAUCGACUUUUUGCUGAGCUGGAGCCAUCUGUAACCGUCACCGAGCAAAACCUGGCAGACCGAGUUCGGUAUAUCUUGCGCUCAAAUACAUUUGAUGUCACCGAACUCGAACGGCUACGACGUGAGGCUGUUCCUUCAUCGGGUGAAAAUGCUGCGGCUGAGGAUGCGGCGCCACAACUUGCUGAGCAAACGGCAAAUGUGGAUGCCGCCGUGAAUACGCCAGUUGUGGUUGAUUCAAACGAUGAUGGAACAGUCGCCCAGGAACUGGAACUAGAGCAAAUGAGGAGUACAUUGGAAGAGGCGAUUGUGGAAACGCGCAGUACGACUCUCGAAAAUCGACCGCGACUUCCCCGCUUAGCCCUAAGCAAGCGGAAUCGGGCUGUCGUGAGGGCUCUGAACCCAAUGCUGGUUACCUAUUUGGAAGCCAGCCGGGACCUUUGCGAUACGGACUCAAUUCUUUUUGGCGCCGCACUGGCAGUCUGCCGUAUUAUAGGUGCCAAACUUUCCACGGCUGGACGCGCUACUGGACAAAGUAGUGCUAUCCCAGCCUGGAGAAUAAGAAUUGAAGAACGUAUCGCAAAGGCUAGGGCCCUCAUCGGCAGACUGAUAUGCUUCAGGUCAGGCAAUACCAGGCCAAGGAUUGUGCGCACCGUCAGGAUGGCGUUUGCUGGGACAAAUGUUAGUUUGUCCCAGCCGGAUAUAAUGCAAAAACUGACGGAGCGCAUAGACGACCUGAAGCAAAGAAUAGCUGCUUGGGGAAAGCGGAUUCGGCGAUAUACCGAGAGGUCGACACGGUUCAACCAGAAUCGUCUCUUCCAGAGUGAUCAGAAGAGGCUCUAUAAAUCAUUGGAGCGACCAAUAGUAAGUGGAACGGGCCCUGCACCAAAUCAGGCCGACAUGGUCGCAUUCUGGCGCAGCCUGUGGUCAGAGCCCGUAAACCACAGCGAGGGCCCUUGGACGGAAGUUGUGGCGAGUCAGUGUGCGAGUAUUACGCCCAUGGACCCCGUCAUCAUAACGCCGGAUGACGUAGCUGAGGCGGUCCGUAGGGCCCCGAACUGGAAAAGUCCGGGGCUUGACGGGCUGCAUCACUACUGGCUGAAGGGGUUCAUGGUGUGUCACUCUGUGCUCGCCCGACAGUUUCAAGAGGCUCUCAACCAGAAGUCGCUCCCAAGCCUCUUCACUACUGGGAUCACUCAUUUGGUUCCUAAAGAUCAGGGUGCCACAGACCCGAGCAAAUACCGCCCCAUCACGGCGAAAGGGGGAGAAAUUGGAGGUUUCGCGUAUCGGGCUAGGAUGCAUCGUCUUUUUACUGAGCUGGAGCCAUCUAUUACUGUCACCGAGCAAAACCUGGCAGACCGAGUUCGGUAUAUCUUACGCUCAAAUAUAUUUGAUGGCGCCGAACUCGAACGGCUACGACGUGAGGCUGUUCCCUCAUCAAAUGAAAACGCUACGACUGAGGGUGCGGUGCCACAAGUUGCAGAACAACCCGCACACGUGGAUGCCGCCGAGAAUACCCCAGUGGUUGCUGAUUCAAAUGAUGAUGGAACAUUCGCCCAGAAACUAGAAAUAGAGCAAAUGAGGAGUACAUUGGAAGAGGCGAUUAUGGAAACGCGCAGUACGCCUCUCGAAAAUCGACCGCGACUUCCCCCGCAUAGCUCUAAGCAAGCGGAAUCGGGCUGUCGUGAGGGCUCUGAACCCAAUGCUGGUGACCUAUUUGGAAGCCAGCCGGGACCUUUGCGAGACGGACUCAAUUCUCUUUGGCGCCGCACUGGCAGUCUGCCGUAUUAUAGGCGCCAAACUUUCCACGGCUGGACGCACUACUGGACAAAGUAG